AGGGAAUCGACACCGCGCAGCACUCCUUUGCCCGCGAGCCAGACGGCAUCUGCUGCGGGAUCCGAAGAGGAAGGGCAGUGUGACAGCUGCCGGCUCUUCAGGCGGUUACCUGCUCUACCAUGCUAUCUUGUGAUAUUUGUGGUGAAACAGUAUCCUCAGAACCAGACAUGAAGGCUCACCUAACUGUUCACAUGGAAAAUGAAGUUAUAUGUCCAUUUUGCAAGUUGUCAGGUGUGAAUUAUGAUGAAAUGUGUUUUCAUAUUGAAACUGCUCAUUUUGAGCAAAAUGAACUAGAAAGAAACUUUGAGAGGAUUAAUACAAUACAGUAUGGAACUUCCGAUAACAGGAAGGACAGCAGCCUACAGUGUAGAGCAGACAUUAAUUCAAGUGUUCAUUCAGCUUGUGCAUCUAAUCAGCCAAAGAUUUCAGCUCAAAGCCUGCCUAAGGACGGUACUUUAAAACAUAAAGACUUUUAUUCAGAGAACUUAACUGAAUCUAGAAAAUUCCUGAAAAGUACGGAAAGACAGUCUGACCGAACCAAAAUUAAAGAAUCAAUUUAUGAAACGAUGUACAGUCCUCCUGAAUGUCCAUUCUGUGGAAAAAUAGAAGAUAAUAGUCAAGAUAUGGAAACUCAUGUGAAAACAAAGCAUGCUGAUCUUUUAGACACUCCGUUAGAAGACUGUAAUCAACUACUCUAUGACUGCCCUAUGUGUGGGCUCAUCUGUACAAACUACCAUAUUCUGCAGGAACAUGUUGACUUGCAUUUGGAAGAAAGCAGCUUUGGACAAGGUGUGAACAGAGCGCAGUGUUGUAGAGAUCUAGAGUUGGCUCAGCAGCUUCAACAAGAAGAAGACAGAAAGAGGAGAUCUGAAGAAUCAAGACAAGGAAUGGAAGAAUUUCAGAAGCUGCAGAGACAAUAUGGUUUAGAUAAUUCUGGAGGGUACAAACAACAGCAGCUACGAAAUAUGGAGAUAGAAGUAAAUAGGGGAAGAAUGCAUCCAUCUGAAUUUCAUAGAAGAAAAGCUGAUAUGAUGGAAUCACUAGCUAUUGGUGUUGAUGAUGGAAAAACAAAAACAUCUGGAAUUAUGGAAGCACUUUAUAGGUAUUAUCAGAAUGCUGCCACAGAUGUGAGGCGUGUGUGGCUUUCUGCAGGAGUGGAUCACUUUCAUUCAUCUUUUGGUGAUAAAGGUUGGGGUUGUGGUUACAGAAAUUUCCAAAUGCUGCUUUCAUCAUUAUUGCAAAAUGAUGCUUAUGAUGAUAGCUUGAAAGGUAUGUCAGUUCCUUGCAUUCCAAAAAUUCAGUCUAUGAUUGAAGAUGCAUGGAAGGAAGGUUUUGAUCCCCAGGGUGCCUCUCAGCUUAAUAACAGGUUACAGGGAACAAAGGCCUGGAUUGGAGCAUGUGAAAUAUAUACCCUUCUCACUUCCCUAAGGAUAAAGUGUCGUAUUGUUGACUUUCACAAGUCAACUGGUCCUUUGGGUACACACCCUCGCUUAUUUGAAUGGAUAUUGAGCUACUAUGCUUCAGAGAGAGAAGGAAGUCCAAAAGUAGUGUGUACGUCUAAACCGCCUAUCUAUCUUCAGCAUCAAGGUCAUAGUCGAACAGUUGUUGGAAUUGAAGAGAGAAAAAACCGAACAUUAUGUUUACUAGUAUUUGAUCCUGGAUGCCCUUCUCGAGAAAUGCAGAAACUCUUAAAGCAAGACAUGGAAGUUAGCAGUCUCAAGCAACUACGGAAGUUUGUGGGGAAUUUAAAACAUAAGCAGUACCAGAUAGUGGCAGUAGAAGGUGUGCUUUCUUCAGAGGAGAAAAUUGCUAGGAGACAAGCUUCUCAAGUCUUUACAGCUGAGAAGAUCCCUUGAAGAAGUCAGCAUUUCAGUGAUUGUGGAAUUUUACUUUUUUUUCCAAAUUCUGGUAUUAACCUUAAUACAACAUAUGAAUCUGUGGAUUUUCU